CGUUUGGUUAGAAAUCAGCCAAACACGACCUGAAGAAACCAAAAGCAAAAAAAGAAAUCAGCCAAACGCGAUUCUUGAGAUGAGAAACCGCGACAUCAUCCAACAUGGCUUCGCGAGUCCCAACCGCCAUUUUUGUAUGGAUGUGCAAUUGCUCAAGCUCUCUCACGCAUCUCCGCUGUCAAUCAAAUGGACUCCUGCUUCCAGUUCCAGACCACCCCUUAACCUCCCUUCAAUUUCCCGGACAAUAACCCCUAUUUCCCCACUGUUUUCGAGAACGACGGCCUCCCGCCGCAGCGACGCCACUUUCGACGAGGCGGCGUACGAGGCGAAGCGGCUGAGCUUGGACGCCGCCGCCCGGGAGUCCAUGGCCGAGAAAUCCGCUGUCGAAGGCGACGACCCGAAGGCGUGGAAAUGGGUCAUCAGGAAGCGGGUUUGGGACUUUAUGGAGGCCCGGAAUAUAGCUCAGUUCCCCCGCCCCGUUCACCACCGCAUUCCCAAUUUCGUCGGCGCCCACAUUGCUGCUCAAAAAUUGAGUGAGUUGCAGGUGUUUAAGGAGGCGAAAUGCGUGAAAGUUAAUCCGGAUACGCCCCAAAAACAAGUCAGAUUCCUCACACUUAAUGGUGGGAAAAAGCUUUUGACUCCACAGCCACGUCUGAGGACCGGAUUCUUCUCUAUACUGGAAUACUCAAUGUUAAUUCCUGAGACUAUUAAGGAGGCAUGCACAUCUGUCGGAGUUGCCAAGUAUGGCAAGCCUAUAGGACUGGAGGAAAAGAUAAAAGUGGACUUAAUUGUUGUUGGUUCUGUUGCUGUCGACCCAAAGACAGGGGCAAGACUUGGCAAGGGUGAGGGAUUUGCUGAACUUGAAUAUGGUAUGCUACGUUACAUGGGUUCCAUUGAUGACUCGACACCAAUUGUCACAUCUGUGCAUGAUGAACAAUUGGUGGAUGAGAUUCCCAUGGACAAAUUGCUGGUUCAUGAUGUACCUGUCGACAUCAUUUGCACUCCAACCCAAAUUAUCUUCACCAACACCUCAAUUCCAAAACCUCAAGGAAUAUACUGGGAUAAACUAUCUCCAGAAAAGCUUGGUCAAAUAAAAAUACUAAGGGAGCUAAAGAGUAAAAUUGAACGCGAAACUGGGGAAAAGCUUCCCACCGCCAAGGAAGCGCUGAUGCAUCUCGUUUUUUUCUCAAUCAUGUAAACAUUUCUUCUUCUUCUUCUUUGUAAACAAUAAUUUAUGCGUUGAGAAAAUCAUGUUGAGGUUGAUCUUGUUUGAAUGAUUUUUGAGAGUGAUGUAAAAUGUGGUUAUGUCAACCUUGUAAUUGUGCUAGACAUUGAUGUAUGGAGACACGUCGUCGAAAGCAGCUGCUGAAAUUAAUUGUCAUAAUUUAUAUGCACAUGCAUGAAUAGUUUCAGCA